UGUCACCAGUCUCUUCAGACUCACUGGAGGGUGUGGGUGACUUGAGUUCCAGGGAAGCUUUGAAUAACAUAGAGAGGAGAGGAAUAAAAGGAAUAAGCCCCACAAGUCCCCAGUCAUUCAGCAGAAAAGAGGAGACGCAGGAAUAACCAUGCCUGAGCCAGUCCCUGAAGCUAAACCAGAGGGGGAAGAGGAUUCAGCUGGAGAGGAUGCACACCCAGCAGAAGGAGAUGCACACCCAGCAGAAGGAGAUGCACACCCAGCAGAAGGAGCAGGUUCAGAAGCUGACGAGGAUGAACCAACUGAACUCACUGGGCUCUUUCUUGAGAAGCCACCAGGCAGUGUAUCCGCUGUUGCAGGAACGGAUGUGACGUUCAUCGCCAAGGUGGACUCCACCACCCUGAUGAGGAAGCCUGCCAUGAAAUGGCUAAAGGGCAAGUGGAUGGACCUUGGCAGCAAGGCCGGGAAGCAUUUUCAAUUCAAAGAAACUUAUGACAGAAACACCAAGAUCUAUACUUAUGAAAUGCACAUCAUCAAAGUGAUCCCUGGCGACGCGGGUGGCUACCGGUGUGAGGUGACAUCCAAAGACAAAUGUGACAGCUCCACCUUUGAGAUCAGCGUGGAGGCUGCACAACAGGAGCAGGAAGCGGAUAUUUUGUCUGCCUUCAAGAGAGCGGAUGCUGGAGAGGACGACGGAAAUCUGGAUUUCAGUGCCCUGCUGAAAGCCACUAAAAAGAAGAAGAAACCGCAGAAAGAGGAACAACAAACAGAUGUUUGGGAAUUACUUAAAAGUGCCCACCCAAGCGAUUAUGAGAAAAUCGCCUUUGAGUAUGGCAUCACUGACCUGAGGGGCAUGCUGAAACGUCUGAAAAAGAUGAAAGAGCAACCAAUAAAGCACACCGAGGCUUUCCUGAAGAAGCUUGAAGAUUGCUACACUGUGGAAAAAGGCAAGAAAAUUGUCAUCUCUUGUGAGGUGCUGGAUCCCAAUGCCCAGGUCAAAUGGUUGAAGAAUGGCCAAGAGAUCAAGCCCUCGGCCAAGUAUAUCAUGGAGGCAAAUGGGAAUGUCAGAACUCUCACCAUCAAUAAGACGACCCUGGCUGAUGAUGCCGCGUAUGAGUGUGUAGUUGGCGAGGACAAGUGUUCCACAGAGGUGUAUGUCAAAGAGCCCCCCAUCACCAUCACCAAGCUGAUGGACGACUACCACGUGGUCGUGGGUGAGAGAGUGGAGUUUGAGAUUGAGGUGUCAGAGGAAGGAGCUCAUGUCAUGUGGUUCUUUGAGGAUCAAGAGAUUCACAGAGACAAGGAAUCCACCAAGUUUCGCAUCAAGAAGGAUGGAAAGAAGCACACUCUUAUCAUCCAGGAGGCCACUCUGGAUGACGUUGGGAUGUACCAUGCUUGGACAAAUGGGGGGCAUACCAAAGGAGAGCUGGAGGUGGAAGAAAAGGAACUGGAAGUGUUGCAGGACAUUGCUGAUUUGACAGUCCGGGCAACAGAUCAGGCAAUGUUCAAGUGUGAAGUGUCUGAUGACAAGGUCACCGGGAAGUGGUUCAAAGACGGAGUGGAGGUGUUGCCAAGCGACCGAAUCAAAAUGACUCACAUCGGAAGGUGGCACCGGCUGAUGAUCGACGAAGUGAAACCGGAGGAUGCUGGAGAUUACACAUUUGUUCCUGAUGGAUAUGCUUUGUCACUUUCUGCAAAACUGAACUUCUUGGAAAUUAAGAUCGAUUAUGUGCCAAGACAAGAUCCUCCAAAGAUCCACCUGGACACCUCAGGAAACAUGGUCUCCCAAAACACUAUCAUCGUGGUGGCAGGGAACAAACUUCGCCUGGAUGUGGAGAUCACAGGAGAGCCAGCACCCACUGUGGUUUGGAGCAAAGGAGAAGAAGCAAUCACAGCCACCGAAGGACGCGUAAGGGUGGAGGCAAGGAAAGACCUCAGCUGCUUUGUCAUUGAGGGGGCAGAGAGAGAAGAUGAGGGGAACUACACUAUUAUUGUUACUAACCCAGCUGGAGAGGACAAGGCUAUGCUCCACGUCAAGAUUGUGGAUGUCCCCGAUCCCCCUGAGAAUAUCAAAUGCACCUCAGUGGGAGAAGACUGUGCCACCAUCGUUUGGGAUCCUCCUAAGUUUGAUGGCGGUGCAGCAGUCAAAGGUUAUCUCAUGGAAAGAAAGAAGAAAGGCUCCUCCAGAUGGACGAAGCUCAACUUUGAUGUCUACGAAUCAACUACAUAUGAGGCUAAGAGGAUGAUUGAAGGAGUUCUGUAUGAGAUGAGGGUGUUUGCUGUUAACAGCAUUGGCAUGUCUCAGCCCAGUCUCAGCUCCAAACCCUUCAUGCCCAUUGCCCCAACUAGUGAGCCAACCCGUCUGACUGUCAAUGAUGUGACAGACACCACAUGCAGCUUGAGGUGGCUCGCCCCGGAGAGGAUUGGAGCCGGGGGCCUGGACGGUUACAUUAUUGAGUACUGCAAGGAGGGCGCCACCGAGUGGGUUGCUGCAAACACAGAUCUCUGUGACAGGCAGGGAUUUGUGGUGCGUGGCCUCCCUGUGGGAGAGAAGAUCAACUUCAGAGUGGUGGCAGUAAACAUUGCCGGUCGCAGUAAGCCUGCUACCAUGGCCCAGCCCGUCACCAUCCGGGAGAUUGUUGAGUAUCCAAAGAUCCGCCUUCCCCGUCAGCUGAGACAAAAGUACAUCAGGAAAGUAGGAGAGAAGAUCAACCUGACCAUCCCUUUCCAGGGUAAGCCUCGACCUGUCGCAACCUGGUACAAGGAUGGCGAACCAAUUGACCCCAAGAUGGUGAACGUCCGGAACUCCAACGUAGAUAGCAUCCUCUUCAUCCGCUCAGCCGAGCGCGAGCACUCUGGAAAAUACGAACUGGUUGUACAGAUUGAGAACAUGGAGGACAGGGCCGCCAUCAACAUCAGCGUUAUCGAAAAGCCUGGGCCUCCCCUGAAUGUGAAGGUGACGGACGUCUGGGGCUUUAAUGCAGCGCUGGAGUGGGAACCUCCGAAAGAUGACGGCAAUAGUGAGAUUACUGGAUACUGCAUCCAGAAAGCAGACCUGAAGACCAAGGAAUGGUUCACCGUUUACGAUCAUAACCGACGGACAAACUGCACUGUUUCGGAUCUGGUGAUGGGCAAUGAGUAUAUGUUCCGCGUCUACAGUGAAAACCUUUGCGGCCUGAGUGAGGAGCCGCGCCACAGCAAGAACACAGCCACUAUCGUCAAGGAAGAGCUGGAUAGCAAAAGAAAUCCUUUUAAGGAGCAAGACAUGACGUGUGCGCCGAAGUUUACUCAGCCACUGAUUGACAGAUCUGUUGUAGCCGGGUACAGCACAGCCAUCAGCUGUGCCGUGAGAGGCUACCCCAAGCCAAAGAUUGUAUGGAUGAAAAACAAAAUGAUCCUUGGUGCGGAUCCCAAGUUCUUGAUGCAGAACAACCAAGGCGUGCUGACCCUCAACAUUCGGAAGCCGAGCACUUUUGAUGGAGGCAAAUACUCGUGCAUGGCUGUCAACGAUCUGGGCAAGGAUGAAGUGGAGUGCAAGCUGGAAGUCCACGUUGCCAAAGACCCAGAAAAGCAAUGAGAAAUCGAACAGCAAAGAAUGUUAAAUCAAAUGAGCCAAACAGUGAAUGAAGAUUAGAUGCUACCAAGAAGGGUACAUGUUGUCAAAAAUGAGCCAAAUAAAACCUACUGAUACCUGC